CUCAAUAUGCUUCUGGCACCACGACAAUGCCUCUUCCUCACCGCAGCAGGCUGCAUUCUCUUGAUCGUAGUCACCUCGUAUCGAUAUUCCCCGAUCGCGCCCUCUAGAAAGCUAGAAUACUCAGCUUCACCCUCGUCUGAUGCUUCACCAGUCAGCGACGCAGCCAACUCGACAUUGGGCUUCCAAGCGAUCUUCGCCCUCUCCGCCGGCCCCUCCUGGCGAACACGAGGCCUCCUCGCCGCCGCCAACCUGACCGGACUAGAAAUCACCCUCCCACCCCAGCCCCCCAUCCCCGCCGCCCUAGUCACCGCAUUCCAAGCCCUAGGCGACAGCACGCAGCACCCAACCCAAGGCGCCAGCAAAGCCUGGCUCGCGCACCUCGACCUCAUCAAACACAUCCACCAAUCCCGUCUGGACACCGCCCUGAUCCUCGAAGACGACGUCGACUGGGACCGGGCCCUGCGCGCCCAAACCCCGCGGAUCGCCGCCGCGGUCCGCAACCUCACCCACGUCUCACCCCCCGCGGACAACGACAACGCGCCCUACGGCCGGGCCUGGGACCUCCUCUGGCUCGGCCACUGCGGCGAGUACUGGGAGGACAGCAUCGAGACCGUGGUCUUCGACGACCCCACCGCCAUUCCGCACGCGCAGUACUCCGGCUGGGCGAGGGAGUAUAUCGCGCGGUUGCCCGACCGACGGCGGGCGGUGUAUCGGUCGUACAACCCGGUGUGCUCGUUCGCGUACGCGCUGUCCCGCGACGGGGCGCGGAAGGUGCUCGAGUUGGUCGGGGGCGGUGGGGAUGAGGCUUUCGAUAUCGCGGUCAUGCAUCACUGUCGUGCGGGGAGGCUGGGGUGUCUGUCUGUCGUGCCGGAGGUGGUGCAUCAGUAUUUCCCGGCGGAGCGGUACGGGGUUAAGAGCUUGGUGGAUCUGGGGAAUGGGGAGGUGGAUGGGCCGGGGGAGGGGGGAAAGGAUGGGGAGGACUUUGAGGCGGUGAUGGGUUCGACAGAGAAUAUUCUGGAGAGUGCCAGGUGUUGGGCUUUGUGGCGGCAGACGUGUUUGAGGCAGUAGAUGUGAGGACUGGAUAUGGAAUGUGGAUGGAUGGACAGCUGUUUGGUGUGGGGAAAAGAGAGGUCGGACCCGCGGGGUUCACACUGCCCCUGGCGCAUCUCGGAGUUGACCUCCGAUAAUUUAUGCGAGUAGCGCUGUGCCAUGUAUAUUAUGGAAUUCGAAU